AUGGCGUACCAUUAUUUUGGAGAUGUGGUCACAUUUGACACAACAUAUCGAACACAUAAGUAUGAUAUGCCUUUCGCACCAUUUACGGGAGUAAACCAUCACAUGCAGUCGAUAAAGUUUGGAUGUGCACUUUUACAAGAUGAGAUAGAGGUGACGUUUGAAUGGUUGUUUCGGACAUGGCUUGACGCUAUGGGAGGACGUCCUCCAACUUCUAUCAUCACUGACCAAGACUUGGGAAUGAAAGGAGCUAUUGCCACAGUCUUUCCCAACACCCGUCAUCGUCUCUGUCUUUGGCAUAUUAAGAAGAAAUUUGUUGAAAAAUUGUCACAAGUGUACUACAAGAGAUCGAAAUUCAAGAAGGAUAUCAAAAAAUGUAUUAAAGAGACAUACAAGAAAGAGGACUUUGAAGGGAGAUGGAUGUUAUUGAUGAAGGAAAACGAGUUAGAAAGCAACAAAUGGCUUCAAGGGUUAUUUGAUAUUCGUGAAUCAUGGGUACCCGUUUACAAUCGUGGUACAUUCUUUGCCGGUAUGAAUACUACCGGACGAAGUGAGGGUAUUAACUCAUUUUUUGAUGGUUUUGUAACUCACACGUCAAAUCUCAAAGAAUUUGUGGUGAAGUAUGAGAAAGCCUUGAAUAGGAUUGUGAAAAGGGAAAAUGAUGAGGAUUUUGAGUCCGAACAUAAAUUUCGGAUUGUUAAUGACCAUGAAUUUUUGUUGAAGCAUGCGGGAAAGUUGAAGUCAAAAGAUGAUGAACUUGAAAAGUUUGAGGUGACAUUGGAUUCGCAAACCUAUGAGGGAAAGUGUGAAUGCCAACAAUUUGAGUUUGUUGGGAUAUUGUGUGUGCACAUUUUGAAAGUGUUUGUCCGACUAGACAUUGAUGAAAUACCGGAACAUUUUAUUCUUCCACGAUGGAGGCAAAAGGCCAAUAAAUUUAGGAUAAUUGAUUCCCAAGGAUUGGUGCAUGACGAUGGCAAAGAAGAAUCUAAGGCAUUAAGACUUAGCCAUAUGUGUCAAGAAGCUACGAAAUUGGCUUGUUUGGCCGCCCCAUCAAAUGAGGCAUACACAAUUUUUAUUGAAGGUAUGAAUGAUUUAUUUGAGAAGAUUCAAAAAGUUUCUAAGGUGUCUCCAAUUGAAAUUUGUGCUGACAAAGAUAAUAAGAAAUCUAUCGAGCCAUCGUGGGCUGAGAUAUUGCUUUUGGAUCCGAACAUCUCACAAUGCAAGGGUAGGAAAAAGGAUGUCAACGGCAAAGCCGCUACUACACAAUCCGAAAGAUUGAAAAGUGGUAUUGAGAUGUCAUUAAAUAAGAAGAAAAGAAAGUGUCACAUGUGCUUUCAAUUUGGACAUGAUAAGAGAACUUGUCCUUCGAAUCCAAUGCGUAAAACUAGCAAAGACUUGGAAGAGGAAGUGGAAGGUUCAGAUAGUGACCAGGAGGAAGGCUCAGAUUGCUCCGAAUGA